AUGCAGGUCAUGGUUCCUUUUAACUUCAAUGAAUUCAUCAAUGAUGUUAUGUCCUUGGUGAAGAGCAAAGUAAUACCUAUCACACGCAUUGAUGAUGCUGUCAGCAGAAUCCUACUUGUCAAGUUCACCAUGGGACUCUUUGAGAACCCUUUGGCUGAUUACAGCUUCUCCAAUGAACUAGGAAGCCAGGCACAUAGAGACUUGGCAAGGGAAGCUGUUAGGAAAUCCCUUGUACUGCUGAAAAACGGGAACAAUACCAAUCCUAUGCUCCCACUUCCAAGGAAGGCUUCAAAGAUUCUAGUAGCUGGUACUCAUGCUGAUAAUUUGGGUUACCAAUGUGGUGGUUGGACCAUAACUUGGCAAGGAUUGAGCGGCAACAAGAACACUAGAGGUAAACUUCUGUUGAUCAAAGCACAUAAGUCAAUCUUCAACGAAAAUCCAAAUGCUGGAUUCAUCAAGUCGAACAACUUUUCUUACGCAAUCAUUGCUGUUGGUGAACCUCCAUAUGCAGACACAUCUGGAGAUAGCGACAAGCUAACUAUGAUGGAUCCUGGUCCAGCCAUCGUUACCUCCACUUGUCAGGCUAUCAAAUGUGUUGUUGUAGUUGUUUCAGGGAGACCACUUGUGAUGGAACCUUACGUUUCCUCGAUUGAGGCCUUGGUUGCAGCGUGGCUACCGGGAACAGAAGGCCAAGGGAUCACUGAUGCUCUCUUUGGGGACCAUGGCUUCAGUGGGAAACUUCCUAUUACAUGGUUCAGAAACACAGAGCAGUUGCCUAUGAGCUAUGGAGAUUUGCAUUAUGAUCCGCUUUUCGCUUAUGGGUCUGGUCUUGUAACUGAGUCUGUUGUGAGCAUUGUAGCUUGGUAA